AUGAGUGAAUCGAGUAAAGAAUUGGUAGUGAUACAUUAUGAACAUAACGAAAAGUCUGUGACGAAAAAGGCAAAACAGACAUCAUCAACAAAGUCGGAAAUUUCAAACGGAUUGCCUAAGAAGUCAGACGAGGGAAAAAUAAAGAAAAAGAAAGAAAUGAAUCCGUUCAUGAUUUAUCGUAAAGAAAAGUUGAAGACUAGAAAAACAAAUAUGACGAUGACCGAAUUCAGCAAGGAGGUAUCAAUUAGUUGGAAUAAACUAUCGGAAAGAGAGAAAAUGAAAUACCAACGAAGAUAUCAAAUAAAACGAGACCAAAAAUCGCAAAAAACAGUUGAAUUUGUUCCCGCUGCAACGGAUCAUAAUCCUCCAACUGAUAUUGAUGGUAAUGAAGUUAAUUGUGAAUAUUUCAUUAAUAAUAAUAUGAGCCACCAUAAUCCUCCAACUGAUAUUGAUGGUAAUGAAGUUAAUUGUGAAUAUUUCAUUAAUAAUAAUAUGAACCAUAUGUCACAUGACAUUUCAAACACAGUCAAUUAUACUGAAUUUUGCAAUGAACCCACUGGAUCAUUUGAUAAUUCUUUUAUCGAUAAUUCUCUCAGCCUAGACAAUUAUCAAAGCACAACCUAUGAUUAUCCUAUCUUAAUUGAUGAUAAUCAAUGGACACUCUAUGAUUCUCCUCAAUCUAAUCUUAUUAUAUUAUAUUAUAUAUAG